CUGACGAACAGUGUAGGAGGAGUUAGAAAAAGUACACUUUAAAUUUUAUAUGUAUAAAAAACCAACAUUUCUUAAAAAAAAAAAAAAAAAAAGCUACUCCUUAGAAUUUGUCCAGUAUGUGGCGCUGUUCUGAAACCGCUCAGGUAGCAUCUGGACAUGAUGGUUAUCAUGCAGGAAAGCGUUGGAGAGUUAUUAACCAAAUAGCCAUCUUUCUAUAUCCUGAAGAGUAAGGGGCAGUGCUCCGAAAUGCUGGAGGUAACAUUAGAGCCUAAUGCUGAUGACACAUACCAAGAUUUGUCACAAUCCCUCAAAGUGUUGUGGAGAUACAGCCUCAAGUUUAAUUUUGGUAUUCUUUGUCGAAGCUCCAAUUAAAAAACGAUAUGGGUUAUCAAAAUUCUGUGAAUUUUGUCGGGAGUGCUUCUAGAUGAUGGAAGCCAAUUUUCGUGGAAAACGGACAAACUGUCUAGGAGGAGUUUGAAAAAGUGGCACUGUUCCAAAACUGAGCAGGCACCCUCAAGUCAUGAUGCUGUCGUGGAAAUUAGACAACACUUGCAGACUCGUCCUCUGAAGAGACACAGAAAAACAUGUUGCCGACAAGAGCCUCCAGUAGGAGGAAGAGAUUUACUCACCUGAGCAGUUUCCAAAGACAACAGCGCAUCCACACUGGAGAAAAACUGUAUCAGUGCUCACAGUGUGAAAAGAGUUUUGCUAAUUUGAGUCAUUUCCAACGACACCAGCACAUUCACACAGAAGAAAAGCCUUAUCAUUGCUCACAGUGUGGAACGACUUUCAGGCAGAAAGCUCAUCUCCAGCAACACCAGCGCAUUCAUACUGGAGAAAAACCAUAUCAGUGCUCACAGUGUGGAAUAAGUUUCACACGGAAAUAUACUCUCCAGCAACACCAGCAAAUUCAUACAGGAGAGAAACCAUUUGUCUGUGUUCAGUGUGGGGCGAAAUUUACUCACAGGUCUGCUCUCAAAACACACCAACGCAUCCAUACAGGAGAGAAGCUGUAUCACUGCUCCCAAUGCGGAAAGAGUUUUACUAACUUGAGAAAUUUCCAACGACACCAACGUAUUCACACAGGAGAGAAGCCGUAUUACUGCUCACACUGUGGGAAGAUUUUUAAUCGAGAGAGUACUCUCCAACGACACCAACGUAUUCACACAGGAGAAAAGCCGUAUUACUGCUCACACUGUGGAAAGAAUUUUAAUCGAGAGAGUAAUCUCCGACAACACCAGCACCUUCACACUGGAGAAAAGCCGUAUCAGUGCUCACACUGUGGAAAGAGUUUUGCUGACUCGAGUAAUUUCCGACGACACCAGCGCAUUCACACUGGAGAAAAGACAUAUCAGUGCUAAACCAGACCUAAACCCAAUUGAGCAGCAUUUCACCUCCUGAAGAGGAGACUUUAGGGAGAAACCCCCUGAAACAAACAACAACUGAAAGAAGCUGUGGUUAAAAACCUGGAAAAGCUUCACAAAAGAAGAAACCAACAGUUUGGUGUCAGUGAAUCAUAGGUUUGAUGCAGUUACAGAAAGAAAAUUGCUCGCCUAAAAAUUGGGUGGUCUGAUACAAAAGGUUCUAUGUUUUAUGUUGUUUAACACGUCUAGAUGUAAAUAUCAGGAAAUAAAAGCUGAAAUCCUAAA